CAGCGUUGAUGCUGUUGCUGAUGCUGUUGCCCGGCGCCUGUAUCCGUGCAGCCAGACGGGGGUAACCGUAGUCACCGGUCCAUCAGCAGCAGCAGAGAAGACAGGGAGAGAGGGGGACUGAGACGGAUCUUCAGCAUCCCUGGAGAGCUACAUACGCAGCGAGAAGAUGACUCUGGCAGCCUACAAAGAGAAGGUCAAAGAGCUCCCCCUGGUGUCUCUAUUCUGUGCCUGCCUGAAUCCACAGACUGCAGAAAAACCUACGUACAAGGCUGAAGAUGCAGUGGACCUGGGCUGGUGCGUCAUUAAAGACGUGGAGGUGAUUGAGCUGAACAAGCGGGCGUCAGGCCAGGCCUUCGAGGUCAUCCUCAAGCCCCCGUCCUUUGACGGCGUGCCAGACCUCAACACCUCCAUGCCGCAGCGCCGCGACCCGUCUCUGGAGGAGAUCCAGAAGAAGCUGGAGGCUGCCGAGGAGAGGCGGAAGUGCCAGGAGGCUGAGCUGCUCAAGCACCUGGCGGAGAAGAGGGAGCACGAGCGCGAGGUGAUCCAGAAGGCCUUCGAGGAGAACAACAACUUCAUCAAGCAUGCCAAAGAAAAGCUUGAGCAGAAGAUGGAGGCCAACAAGGAGAACAGGGAGGCCCUGCUGGCCGCCAUGCUGGAGCGGCUGCAGGAGAAGGACAAACACGCCGAAGAAGUGAGGAAGAACAAGGAGAUGAAGGAGGAAGCCUGCCGGUAGACGACUGCAGCCGAGGAAGAGGAGAGAGAAAGAGCAGGACUGGGAGUUUCAUUAAAAA